AUGCAACGUGCCUGGGCACCCCUGCAGCUCCUCGUCGCGUCCUCCACGCUUCGGCGUCAUCAUCAUCAUCAUCAUCAUCAUCAUCAUCGUCGUCGUUUCCAUCUUUACGGUUCUCAACAGGCGGCGGCGGCGGCGGCGGCGGGGCGCUCAGUGGGGAUCAUCGGCGCGCCUUUCUCCAAAGGACAGCCCCGGGACGGCGUGCAGCUCGGACCGGACGUAAUCCGCGCCGGGGGACUCGUGCACAAGCUCCGGGAGCAAGGCUGCGCCGUGAAGGAUUAUGGGAAUUUGACCUUUGAGGAUGUGCUGCCCGACGAGCCGGUGGGACGGGUCAAAAAUGCCCGGGCGGUGGGCAGCGCCAACCGCAGGCUGUCGGAGGCGGUGCGGGCCGUGAAGCGCGACGGGCGCACCGCGGUCGUGCUGGGCGGAGACCACAGCCUGGCAAUGGGCUCGGUGCACGGGCACGCGUCGGCGGUGGGCGACCUGAGCCUGGUUUGGGUGGACGCCCACGCCGACAUCAACACGCCGCUCAGCACGCCCACGGGAAACAUGCACGGGCAGCCCGUGUCGUAUCUGCUUCAUGAGCUGCGGCCAAAGAUCCCCGUCCUGCCGAACUUCUCGUGGCUGACGUCGUGCGUGUCGGCCAAACAUUUGGUCUACAUCGGUCUGAGAGACCUGGACCCCGAGGAGCAUUACCUUCUGAAGCUGGCGGGGGCGAAGGCGUUCUCCAUGACGGACGUCGACCGUCUGGGCGUCGGCCGCGUGAUGGAGGAGACGUGCGACUUCCUGCGGAAACGCGGGGGGGACAGACCCAUCCACCUGAGCUACGACGUGGACGCCUUGGACCCGACCCUCACCCCGGCGACGGGGACGCCCGUGCCGGGCGGCCUCACCUACCGGGAGGGCGUCUACAUCGCGGAGUGCCUCAGCGAAACAGGCUCGCUGUCCGCGGUGGACGUGGUGGAGGUGAACCCGUCGCGCGGCGCAACGGAGCGCGACGUGAGCUCGACGGCCCGGGCGGCGCUCGACAUUUUGCUGUGCUGCUUCGGACGGCGGCGGGGGGGCACCCACCCUCCUCAUUUCUGCGUGCCUGACGCGUGAACGCGCCAAAACGCUUCCAGCAAGUGAUUCCAGAAUCUUCAUAUCCUGCUUGCGCUCUAAGUCCAAGUUCCAUUCAUUGUCCUCACUUGAAAGAGAAGUGAGUGCACCAGUAGGAUGACUCAUUGCAGUCCUAGGCUGGUUAGGAAAAGGUUUUUGAAGAGGGCCCCCCGGGGAAGACGAGUCCCUCUGCUGGAGGCGGGUUAAAAAAAAAAAAAAAAAAAAAAAAAGCCAA